AUGGCUCUGUUUGCGCGGCAGCACGCGCCCGGCUUUCGGGGGCGGGAGGCCCGAGUCUUCUUAGGGAGGCAGCGCGGCUGGUCUUGGCUGGUCCGAGGGCUCGGGUGGGCGCAGAAGAAAGCCCGUGGCGCUGAAUCAGGCCGAUCCCAGCUGGGCCGACUGGAGAGGCCGCGAAAGGACAGCAGUGCUGAGCUGUACCAAUUCCCGCCACCUCGAGCAUCUGGGUCCUCUUCUAACCUGAGAGCGAGAGGCCAUGUCUGUUCCCAGGGAAGUGGCACCUUGCAGAUCAACUUCUUGUUCGAAGAUGUGGGCUUCUACACGUCCAUUACUCAUGCCCACUUUGAGGAACUGUGUUCAGACCUUUUCUGCAGCCCCCUGGACCCUGUGGAGAGGACCCUGAGCGAUGCCAAACUGGCCAAGGCCCAAAUCCAUGAGCUAAUCCUGGUGGUUGGUAUCUCUAAGGUGGAAAGGCGUCUAUAAGACUUCUUCAGCGUCAAGGAGCUGAACAAGAACAGACCUGAUGAGGCUGUGGCCCGUGGGGCUGCUAUGCAGGUGGUUGUGUUGACAGACAAAUGUGAGAAGGUGCAGGAUCUCCUCCUGCUGGGUUUGUCCCUGGGGCUAGAGGGAUUAAUGUUAAUCUGGUGGAAUGCCACCAUCCCUACCAAACAGACCCAAGCCUUCACUACUUACUGUGACAACCGGCCUGGGGUCCUGAUCCAGGUGAGGGAGGGUGAGAGGGUUGUGACGAAGAACAGCAACCUGCUGGGCAGCUUUGAGCUCAGUAGCAUUCUUCCUACUCCACGUGGAGUCCCCCAGAUCGAAGUAAAUGCUGGCAUGGAUACCAAUGGUCUCUUAAGUGUGACAGCCACCGACUGGAGUACUGGCAAGACUAACACGCUCGUCAUCACCAAUGACAAGGGCUAGCUCAGCAAGGAGGACGUGGAGAGGAUGGUUCAUAGGGCUGAACAGUACAAGGCUGAGGGUGAGGUCCGGAGGGACAGAGUGGCUGCCAAAAACUUCCUGGAAGUCCACGUCUUCCGUGUAAAGAGUUCCUUGCAAGAAGAUAGCCGUAGGGAAAAGAUUCCAGAGGAGGACAGAUGUGAAGGGCAAGACAAGUGUCAGGAAGUCCUGGCCUGGCUAGAGCACAACCAGUUGACAGGCAAGGAGUGUGUGCAUCAGAAGAGCACUGAGCAGACCUGCUGCCCCAUCUUCUGUAGGUUUUACGCGGGGCCUGAUGUUCCUAGGGGUAGCAGUAGUGAGGCUCAAGUUUGCCAGGAGAGGCCUGGUACUGGGCCCCUCAUUGGGGAACUAGAUUGAAUGACCUGUCAUGACUGAGGUCAUCUGUGUCUGUAAAGGAUGGACUUAGGGGUCUUCUAGACUCUUCUAUAAUCCCACCUUAUAACUUCAGAGGUGAAAGCUGGGAGCUUUUUUCUCAUUAUGUUUUAUAAUUCAGGUCUAUGUUGUUUGAUUUUUUUUUUUCUUGCCAGGCGUGAUGGUGCAUGCCUUUAAUACCAGCACCCAGGAGGCUG